AUGGCGGCGCCGCCGUCGCACCCGUUCGUCUACAUCGACGCGGCGGCUCUCCACUCGCUGCUCCCCUUCACGUCCCUGAUCCCGCACCUCCGCGCGGGGCUCGCCCACCCGGACCUCUCCGCCUGCAUCCAGUGCCCGCAGCGCGUCUCUUUCCCGCUCCCCACGGCGGCGCCGUCCGCGGCGCUCCUCCUGAUGCCCUCCUGGUGCGCGCACCCAUCCCUCCCCUACCUCGCGCUCAAGGCCGUCACCUCCUUCCCGUCCAACGCGCCGCGCCUCCCGUCCGUCCACGCCGCCGUCUCCCUCUUCAGCGCCGCCACGGGCGCCCCGCUCGCCUCCAUCGACGGCACCGCGCUCACGCUGCGCCGCACGGCCGCCGUCUCCGCGCUCGCCGCCUCCCUCCUCCUCUCCUCCCGGUCCCGCCCGCCCUCGGUGCUCGCGCUCGCGGGCGCCGGCGCGCUCGCGCCCUACCUCGCGGAGGCGCACCUCGCGGCGGUCCCUUCCAUCUCCCGCGUCCUCGUCUGGAACCGCACCAGGGCCAAGUCCGCGGCGCUCGUCGCCAGGCUCCGCGAGUCGCACCCGGGCCUCGCCGUCGAGGAGGUGGACGGCGACGGCAUGGACGAGGCCGUCUCCGCGGCGGACGUCGUGAGCUGCGCCACGGGGUCGCGGGAGCCCAUCGUGCGCGGGGCGCUGCUGCGCCCCGGCGCGCACCUGGACCUGGUGGGGUCCUUCACGCCCGCGAUGCGGGAGUGCGACGACGACGCGCUGCGCCGCGGGAGGGUGUUCAUCGACUUCGAGGCGGCCAUGGAGGAGGCCGGGGAACUGGUGGGCGCCGUCCAGCGAGGCGUGCUGAGGAGGGAGGACGUGGCCGGGACGCUCUCGGAGCUGGCCGCCGGGACGGUGGUGGGGCGACGGAGCGACGACGAGAUCACCGUGUUCAAGUCCGUGGGCACCGCCGUGGUGGAUCUCUUGGCGGCGCAGCUGGCCUACGAGACGCACGUCGCCGCAACCAAGGAUGCUUGA